UCUUCUUCACCAAAAAACGAGCUCAAUAUUCCCUUCUUUUAAUUUCACUCUCAAGUCUCAACUUAGCUUUUAAAAAGAGAGAAACAAAAAACUCAUGAGGACAAUGGUUGAUUUAGGAAAGCAAAGAGAUCAUCACUAUCAACACAUGCAAUUCAUAACCACUCCGACCACCGUCGAUUGUUCUCGCGAAUUCCGUCACCGACGAACACUCCGAUCACUCAUCGAAUGCAUGAUCCCAUACUGUUGCACUUACCAACAACAGCCUUACCAAAACGACACUGUUUCAGUCUCUUCCUCUUCCUCUUCCUCCUCAGACCACUCUUCCUCCUCCUCCCAGAGUAACAGCAUCGUAAGUGGAACUUUCUUCGGCCACCGUCGUGGCAGAGUCAGCUUCUGCCUGCAAGACGCCGCCGUGGGAUCUUCACCGCUUCUCCUCCUUGAGCUAGCUGUUCCCACGGCUGCGUUAGCCAAAGAAAUGGACGAGGCAGGUGUUCUACGUAUAGCCCUAGAGUGUGACCGUCGUAGAAGCAGCAACAGUCGUUCGUCGUCGAUCUUUGAUGUUCCUGUGUGGUCGAUGUAUUGCAACGGAAGGAAAAUGGGAUUUGCCGUGAGGAGAAAGGUGACUGAAAACGACGCCGUUUUCUUGAGGAUGAUGCAGUCUGUGUCAGUCGGAGCCGGAGUUUUGCCGUCGGAAGAGGAGGAGCAGACGUUGUAUUUGAGGGCUAGGUUUGAGCGAGUUACUGGGUCGAGUGACUCGGAAUCGUUUCAUAUGAUGAAUCCGGGUGGUAGUUAUGGACAAGAGCUUAGUAUAUUUCUUUUGAGAUCGUGAAAUUAAGUACGGUGGAUAUGUUAUAAUAAGUUUUGUGCAUGUUCGUUUUUAUUUAUAAAUGUAAAAUUUAAAGUACUAUCUAUGCAAUUCUCUUUUAUCUUUUUUUCCUCUAAAAUAAAUAAUUGGUUCUUGA